AUGUAUGGAAGUGCAAGAACAAUCACCAAUCUGGAAGGUAGCCCUUCCAGAUCUCCCCGUUUGCCAAGGUCUCCUCGUUUGGGCCACCGAAGAACAAGUAGUGGGGGAGGUGGAGGAACAGGCAAGACCCUGUCCAUGGAGAAUAUCCAGUCCCUUAAUGCAGCCUAUGCUACGUCUGGACCCAUGUAUCUGAGUGAUCAUGAAGGGGUGGCUUCAACAACUUACCCAAAGGGCACCAUGACUCUGGGAAGGGCCACAAAUCGAGCUGUAUAUGGAGGCCGAGUCACAGCUAUGGGGAGUAGUCCCAAUAUUGCUUCUGCUGGACUUUCCCACACAGAUGUGCUUUCAUACACGGAUCAACAUGGUGGUCUGGCCAGCUCAUCCCAUCAUCACCACCACCAGGUCCCCUCCAUGUUGAGGCAGGUAAGGGAUAGCACAAUGUUAGACCUUCAAGCCCAGCUCAAGGAACUUCAGAGAGAGAAUGACCUCCUCCGGAAAGAGCUAGACAUCAAGGACAGCAAGUUGGGAUCUUCCAUGAACAGUAUCAAGACCUUCUGGAGUCCUGAGCUCAAGAAGGAGAGAGUCUUGAGGAAAGAAGAGGCAGCCCGGAUGUCCGUCCUCAAGGAGCAGAUGAGGGUUUCUCAUGAAGAAAAUCAGUUACUGGAUGCCAGAAGAACCAAGCACCUUCAGUUGACAAUCCAGGCCCUUCAGGAUGAGCUGCGAACCCAGAGGGACCUCAACCACCUCCUGCAGCAAGAGAGUGGCAACAGAGGAGCAGAGCACUUUACCAUUGAACUGACAGAGGAGAACUUCCGGCGGCUCCAAGCCGAGCAUGACAGACAGGCUAAGGAGCUGUUCCUGUUGAGGAAGACCUUGGAGGAAAUGGAGCUGAGAAUCGAAACACAGAAACAGACCCUCAAUGCCCGAGACGAGUCGAUUAAAAAGCUUCUUGAGAUGUUGCAAAGUAAAGGUUUGCCAUCCAAAAGUCUUGAGGAUGACAGUGAACGGACGCGUCGGAUGGCAGAGGCUGAGUCUCAAGUCAGCCACUUGGAAGUGAUUUUAGACCAGAAAGAGAAGGAAAACAUACAUCUUAGAGAGGAAUUACACCGAAGAAGCCAACUUCAGCCAGAGCCAGCCAAGACGAAGGCUCUCCAGACUGUCAUUGAAAUGAAGGACACAAAAAUCGCUUCAUUGGAGCGAAACAUAAGGGAUCUUGAGGAUGAGAUCCAGAUGUUAAAAGCCAAUGGUGUGCUGAACACUGAGGACCGCGAAGAAGAGAUAAAACAAAUUGAGGUUUACAAAAGUCACUCCAAGUUCAUGAAAACCAAGAUUGAUCAGCUGAAGCAGGAGCUUUCAAAGAAGGAGUCAGAACUUCUUGCCUUACAAACAAAGCUUGAAACCCUUAGCAAUCAGAAUUCAGAUUGCAAGCAACACAUUGAAGUGCUUAAAGAGUCGCUUACUGCCAAAGAACAGAGGGCUGCCAUCCUUCAGACUGAGGUAGAUGCACUGAGAUUACGACUAGAAGAAAAAGAAUCUUUUCUCAAUAAAAAAACAAAACAGCUGCAGGACCUCACAGAAGAGAAGGGCACACUGGCUGGAGAGAUUCGAGACAUGAAGGAUAUGUUAGAAGUGAAGGAAAGGAAAAUCAAUGUUCUUCAGAAAAAGAUUGAAAACUUGCAAGAACAACUUAGGGAUAAAGACAAGCAACUGACCAAUCUGAAAGACAGAGUGAAGUCCUUGCAGACAGAUUCCAGUAAUACAGAUACUGCGCUGGCGACGCUUGAGGAGGCUUUGUCAGAGAAGGAAAGAAUAAUUGAGCGUUUGAAAGAACAACGGGAGAGAGAUGAUCGGGAAAGACUAGAAGAGAUAGAAUCAUUCCGAAAAGAGAACAAAGACCUGAAAGAGAAGGUCAAUGCUUUACAAGCUGAACUGACUGAAAAAGAGUCUAGUUUAAUUGACCUCAAGGAACAUGCGUCUUCAUUAGCCUCAGCGGGCCUGAAAAGAGACUCCAAAUUAAAAUCUCUAGAAAUAGCCAUUGAACAAAAGAAAGAAGAAUGUAGCAAAUUGGAAGCACAGUUAAAAAAGCAAGCUGAGCAGUUGUUCAAUCAGAUGUACAACCCAGCUCAUAAUAUUGAAGAUGACUCCAGGAUGAACCCAGAAUUUGCAGACCGAAUAAAACAGCUUGAUAAAGAGGCAUCUUACUACCGUGAUGAGUGUGGCAAGGCCCAAGCAGAAGUCGACCGGUUGCUGGAGAUCCUCAAGGAGGUGGAGAAUGAAAAGAAUGACAAGGACAAGAAAAUUGCAGAGCUUGAGAGGCAUAUGAAGGAUCAGAAUAAGAAGGUAGCCAACCUCAAGCACAAUCAACAGUUGGAAAAAAAGAAGAAUGCCCAGUUACUGGAAGAAGUCCGCAGGCGAGAGGAUAGCAUGGCUGACAACUCUCAGCACUUGCAGAUAGAGGAACUGAUGAAUGCACUGGAGAAGACCAGACAGGAACUGGACGCCACCAAGGCUCGCCUUGCCUCCACGCAGCAGUCCCUGGCUGAAAAAGAAGCACACUUGGCCAACCUCCGGAUAGAGAGGAGGAAACAGCUGGAGGAGAUCCUGGAGAUGAAACAGGAAGCGCUGCUUGCGGCAAUCAGUGAGAAAGAUGCAAACAUUGCCUUGCUGGAAUUGUCUGCCUCCAAAAAGAAAAAGACACAGGAAGAAGUCAUGGCCCUCAAGCGGGAAAAAGAUCGACUAGUGCAUCAGUUAAAGCAGCAGGUUUAUAGUCCUAGGAAACAGCCCCCGAGCUCGAAUAUACCAUGCACUUGUGAUGCUGGCUACAGCUCAGAUAUUACGGCCAAGUACCACGGGUCCAGCUACGAUGCAUACAUGAUCCAAAGGUCUCAGACCCAGAACAGAAUGAAGCUGAUGGCGGACAACUACGAUGAGGACCACCACCACUACCACCACCACCACCACCACCACCACCACCGAUCUCCUGGGAGGUCGCAGCAUUCCAAUCACAGGCCCUCUCCUGACCAGCUGUCAGAAGGGCUGACUAAAGGGGAAAUGCAGCUCUGCAGCAAUAUUCUGAUAAUCUAUUGCAGUGCAGCUCACGUCACUGUCCAUCACCACCUGGGAACGCCCAUCAGGACUGAAGAGGAGUUUUCACUUUCAUUACUGAGCACGAUUCUGUUCGACUUGGUGUUUUCUUCAUCAUCUCAUGUCCUUUCUCAUGGACUCAGACAUGUUGGAGAGGAGAACGCAGAGGAGGGGAAAAUGGCAGGUCCUCCAUUUUUUGGUCGGGAUUCAGGCAUUUAAAAUGUGUUCAUCUCUUCUGAAGGUCAUUAUUUGAUAACAUUUUACUUAUGUUACUUAAACAUCACUGGAUGAAUGUGAAUUCCAUGGGAUUUUAACUGUGGAUUCAGCUUCUGUUGGACAACUAGCUUCAUCUCCGUUUUUCUGCUGGUUGAGUCUAAGUGGUCCUCCCUAAUGCAUUAGGUUAUCAAAAAAGUGUACAUUCUGUGAGUGAGUGGUGUUGGCAGUGUUUGUAUACCAAGAUGCAUGGAGUGUUUGACAAAGAAACCAAAACACCAAAAAUGGUGAGCCUUUACCCUCCUCUAUUUCUUUAAUGUGCUGUUUGAAGAACCACAUUUUGAUGGUGGAACCAGUAGUUAACUUCUGGGCCAGGUUGGAAAUGAAAUCAACUUUUUAAACCACUAAUACUUGCCAAGAAAUCGCCUUAUGAGAACAUGGUGUGUGUCUCUGACAGUGCAUGGCACAUCUAAAUUGAUCAUUCAUAGUUUUAUCUACCCUGUUUUUGUACUGGGGAGUGGCCAGAGCCUGAGGCACCUGCGUAUUUCUAUUCCAUGUGUUUCACACACCCCCCACAGCUGGGAUGUGGCUGAGCCUCAGACUCUUACCAUUCCCGUACGUGCAGGUCUCCAUGAAGAAGCUGGGACUCAUUCGCAUCCAAGAUCCAAAUGCUGUGCAAACAGUGUAAGCUUAGAUCUUCUGUAAACAGAGGGUCAUUUCUCAUUUUUUAAAAAAUGUCUCCAACAUAGAUAUCAAAACAUUUUCAGCAUCAAACGUGAAAACAUUGAUGAAUGAGGAAUAAUCACAAAAGCUGUGUAUCUGUAUAUAUAGCUCUACACAACAUGUUUGUGGUACAGAGUCAUUAUUUAAAGCACAUGCCAGGGAAAGAGACCAAAUUUUGAGGUCUUUUUACAUACAGUGACAUGGUACUAAGGAGAAUUAAACUCCUCCUGCUUCCUCUGAAGAUGAAAAAGAAAUUAAAGUUGUUACAACUUCAUAAAACUCAUGACCAAGUCUGGCAAACAUGUGCAACCCUUGUAUUGAUCCAUUUUCUUGUCAUUGGAAGAAACACUUCCACGUGUAUGCAAGUGGGGGAUGGAAAUCUGCAUUUUUAAAGGACAAACAGUGAAUUUAAGCAUGAGUGGCCUUAAUAAAUAUAGUUCUCUUUCUUUGCUGCUGUGGGAAGGAUUCUAUGCAGAUGUUCCUGAAGUCUUGCAUUGAAUUUAGUCAUUAUUACUUUUUAAAAUGUUGGUGCAAUUAACUCUGGACCUCUAGCGUGAGCCAUAGAGAUAUUGACAAGUCAGACACCUUAUGUAUCUAUCGGAGAAGACAAAAUUGUGUCUGGGUUGCACUGUUCAUCCUUGGUGCGUUAGGAGUAGUAUAUUCGAGCAGGUUUCUUGCUUCUGGCUUUGUUCUUGUCAUAAGUAUUGCGAACUGUGUAAAGCUUUUGUGUUGCAUAAGCAAUCCAAAUACAUUCAUGUUUAAAAAGUUUGUCCUUUAACUAUCAAAGGGAUCUAAGUCUUGACUGGAGAAAUGAGCAGUGUCCUUUGCAAACGUAUUUAGCACAUUUUGACACAAUGUCACUCUGAAAACCCAGGCCUGCAUCUCCUCCCCAUGAACCUUGUGGGUGUCCUCAAAUAGGCGGCCUCACUGCCUCCUAAGCCAGGUCCUGAUCUGAACUCUGCUGCUGAAUACUUGAAGUAGGAAAUAGGAAAUCCACUAGGGAAUUUAGGGUCCUAGAAACAGAAAAAGCAACCAACCGUGUAUAGUUAGCUAUUUCCAAGUAUGUGCCAAUUUUGUUACAGCUAUUGUUUGGGAAGCUCAUUUUUGCCCCAGUCUUGUUGGUUUAAAGUGUUACCAAUUUUACUUUUACAGGGGCAUUAUCGUUUAGUCCCUUAAAAUUUGAAUUCUGUCUAACAUAGCAUCUUUUUAUUAUAUAUCAUGUAAUAUUCUCUGAUGCUAGGGGGUUACCAAAAAAAAAUUCCCUUUUUACAUAUUAAAAAUAGUUUGUGUUUACAACAAACACUGUGUUGUCGGUAAGACAUUUCCUUUGCGCAGACUUUAGCAGGUUUCUCCCUUAAUCAUAAAGAAGUUUGAAAAAGAAAAAGUUGAGGCUAACAUUUAGAAGUUGGUCUUAUUGCUUUGUGCAAAAGCAGGCUUGUACUUUAUACCCCGUUUGAUUUCAAUGUACAGUCUCGAUUUUGUAUUUAAUGCUUUUUGUGUAUCCAGUAUGCACGUUAACAGCGUGUCAACUUUCAUUUGAAAGUGGGUUUCCAUUUACUUUUUAAACAGUGUUUAUGACGAGACCUCAAAUGUGUUGACAUAAGCUCUAUCUGAGAUGUUUUCGUGUCGAGUGGCGUUUGAAUGCUGCCAGGGGUCAGUGUAUCUAAUUCCCAGAGACCCUCGUUUGAUAGUGCUUCUUGUAAUAUUUCUCCAAGUGAGUGGCAUGUGGGUUGUGAUAUUGACCAUGUGAUUAUGGACUUUGAUAUGAAAAAAUAAAUAAAUAAAACUAAGGAACCCUCAGAAAACUACCAGUGGGCAUGUAGUAGCCAGUCAUUGUAAUCGCGUGUCUAGUAGACCUACAACAUACAAGGUAUGUACAGUUCAUAAAUUUGUUAUCACGUGUGUGAGAAGUACUUUGUGCUG